CGGCGGAGGAGGAGGAGGAGGAGGGGAAGGAGGAGAAGGACUGGAAGGACCGUCCUCCGCCCCCGCCGCGUCAUGGCCGCUUCGGAGCCCCCCGCCCGCCCCCCGCCGCCGAAGAUGGAAGAUGGUAUUCAUAAACGGACAUUACAGAUAACCGGAUUUAAGGACACCGAACAGGAGGCCCUAAUUGAAAUGAUUUUAAGACUAGACUGCGUUUUUGACGCUAGUAAGAUUUAUAGAAAUUGCACACAUCUUAUAGCAAAACAGCCAUCUAAAAGUGAAAAAUUUUUAGCAGCCUGCGCAGCAGGAAAAUGGGUACUAACUAAAGACUACAUAAUUAAUAGCGCCAAAAGUGGCAGAUGGCUUGAUGAAACAACUUACGAAUGGGGAUAUAAAAUCGAAAAAGACUCCCAUUAUUCACCUCAAAUGCAAUCUGCACCUAAAAGAUGGCGCGAAGAACUGAUACGCACUGGUGCUCCGGGGGCCUUCCACAGAUGGAAAGUUGUCGUCCUUGUUAAAAAAUGUGAUAAACGAAAUAGUGCUUAUGCAAGAGUUUUAAAGGCUGGCAACGCAACUAUCUGUGGACCUAAGGAUUCAACUGAUGAAGUGACACAUGUGCUCUUCUGCACUGAAAAGUUAUCCGAGAAGGGAAGAAGUAUCUUUAAGGCACCAUAUUAUCCGAUACGUUAUAUGGGGGAGUAUCUCUUUGAGAAGGAAAUUCAGAAUAAUGAUGAAGAUAUGCAAGUGAACUCACUUUUAAAUGAACACCAACAAGAAAAUGUCUCCGAUACUGGUAUUGACAUGCAACUUACUCAAAUAAAAGAUGCAUUGAAAAAGCACAUUUGUGAAGCUCAGGCUGUCAGAUGUAACUUUGGUGCAGAUAAAAUAUCCGAACCGCCCAGAGAGGUGAAAAAUGUUGAAAUUUCCAGAGGUGAAUUCAGUAUAAUUGAAAAUCUCAUAGACGGACAGUUCUUUUCGGAAGCAAUUGAGGAACUUGCCUCUCUGUCGUCGCAUUUUGUCCCUCCUGUGUGCCUCCUCCAUUCUCUUAUAGAGAACAUGCUUCAGAAUAAUGUAGACACAUCGUAUGUUCGAUAUUUUGAUGUUUUAUCAACUCUACUUCAUCUCCAUCCUCCGUGGAAGUCCACUUCUAUGUUGAGUUAUUAUUUGGAGUUUUUUCAGUGUCCAGUUUGUAUGGAAGGAACGUGGUCCCUGAUAGAAGCACUUGUGAGGUCUUGCCUCUUCAAUGAAAUAUUUUGUCAUUCAGUUCCAGAAACUGUCAUGGAGGCCAAGGUGCUUCACAAAAUACUGCUGAAAUUUUUCUUUAAUUUAGUGAAGGGUGAAGUACAAGCUUUGAGUAGAAAGUUGGCUGAACAGACAGAUUCUUGGAGCCUCAAAGUCAAACCACAAUCUAUUCUUCUUGAAACCUUUUGGAUGGGGAAUGAAACCUCAGUGCUUUUAACAAAACCAAUAAGCCUGCUUUGGGACUGGGUCAUUCAUUCCCAUAAAGAAAAUUACAGAAAGAAUGAUGUCUUCAAGCUUGAGGUAUCCUACCUGUUAACAGGAAUUCUUGGAGCAGCGGUAGAUUAUUGGAUUUUCCUAGGGCUCAGGAUGGAUAGAAAUGUGAUGCGUCACGUCACUCAAGACCUGGGAAAUCACAUUGCUCUAUCUUGUGACGGUUUUUCAUCACAGGAGCUAGAGACUUUUAUUUGUUCCCUGCCCUCUUCCUGGCUGCAAAUGUUUGUUGCAGAAGCUGUCUUUAAACAGGCAUGUGUAUCGAAAGACAUCAUUAUUUCUCCAGAGCCCAUUUCUCUUCAAAAAAUGGUUUGUUCCUAUUUGCCUCUGUUGGGAAGGGCCGGGAUGGAGGCAUCCGCAAAAGGGCAAAAACAGGAGAAGAAAAUAGGGCAGGGGCCUGUCCCUGAGUCUCAGAGGGCUUUAUUGAUGCUAAAUGGUGCCAAGCAGAACCAAGCAGGAAUACUGCUUGAUCCACCUGAACUGAACCAUGGUAAAUAUUCUGUGCCACUGAAGAGGUUGAAAAGGAAAUCAGAAGGCGAGUUGUCCCAUUCCAAAGAUAAUCAGCCUUCUUUCACUGAAAAGAUGCAUUUUAAGAAGUCUAAUUUAAAAGGAGAGACAGCCCUCCAUAGAGCUUGCAUAAAUAACAAGGUCGAGCAAUUGAGUCUGCUUCUUUCUUUGCCUGGGACAGACAUUAACGUGAAAGACUAUGCUGGCUGGACGCCUUUGCAUGAAGCCUGUAACCAUGGCAGCACAGUGUGUGUCCGGGAAAUCUUGCAACGCUGUCCAGAGGUGGAUCUGCUCACUCAAGUGGACGGGGUGACUCCUUUGCAUGACGCACUGUCAAACGGACACGUAGAGAUUGGCAAGCUGCUACUCCUGCACGGGGGCCCGGUGCUUUUACAGCAGAGGGACUGCAAAGGAAAAUGGCCCCUGGAUUGUGUGAUAUCUCCACAAGUCAAAGAGGAACUCCUUGCUAUUGUACAAACAGAAGACACUGUUGAGGACUUUACUACAAAAAUGGAAAAGCAAAUCCACAUCCAGGAAACCGAAUUUGGCUCCUUUCUUCUUUGUAAGAUGCUGUUCAACUUCUGUUUGAAUUUUGAUUUGUCAUCAAGUUUUGCCUUGGCUUUCAAAGACUUACCUUGUUUCCAUGAAACUCAAUGCCUGACUCCGAAGAACUGCAAAGACAGGACCAGGCCCCAAACCGACUGGUUAGUGGAUCUUUAUGCCCAAGAACUAAGGACUUUCCAGAAGCUUCCUGGUCUCCUGCUGGAAAUACCCAUAAACCUGAAAAUGUUUCCUGGGGUCCACACACAAGCCUUACUAGUUACGUUGGAAAUGAUGACGGUGCAGCCUCGUAUCUCUCUCGGCUCGAGUAAAUAGUGAUGGACAUUCUUUAUCUCAGUUUCGUUCUGGGUUUUUCCCAUCUCGAGAGGUAGAUAAUUAAAUAUCACUGAAGACAACCUUUGUGAGCACUCAGUUUAAGGCAUUCCUGGAUUUUUAAGCCCGAUUGCCUUGACGUUCUCUGUUUUAAAUCGUGGUUUAGAUUUGAUUUUUUUCAAACCAGGAAUGAAAAUGUAAAUUGCACAAAGUGUUUAAGUGUAUUGUGUUUGCUGGAAGGAGAUGUUUUACGUUGAAAGCUUUGUUUCUAACGCAGAUAUCUGAAUUUCAAAUAAAUUAUUUUCUCUCUGCUCA